AUGGCCAGCCGAAAUUUCUUCCUCGUUACUCCUUCGACGCGCGGUCUCUCUCUCGCUUUGACGCGACAUCUUCUUCGUACUACCGAUUUGCCAGUAUUCGCGACCUAUCGGCGCGGGAAUAAAGACGAGGUCAAGGAACAUAUUUUUCAACCUCUCAAAAACGCUGGAGGCGUGGAUCCUGCAAGACUAAAUGUCCUCCAUCUGGACUUGUUGGAUGAGAGGAGUAUCGAAAAGGCGGCGAAGGAAUUGGAAGAGAAUUUGGGGUCUUGGAUGAAGGAAACGGACAAGACCAUACCUAGCAUUGAGAAAGCAUUCCUGACAGGUGGUGUCCUUCAUCCUGAGAAGAGUUCUGCAGAUUUGAAGCUCGGCGAGAUAAUGGAAACCUUCCAAACCAACGUCAUUUCCCACCUUCUACUCAUCAAGCAUUUUUCGAAAUUCCUUCCGAAGAGGCAACCUCAAACCAUAGCAAAAGGCGAACUAGCGAAAUGGGUCCACAUUUCAGCCCGAGUCGGAUCCAUUUCUGAUAACGCCCGCGGAGGGUGGUACUCUUACCGUGCAUCGAAGGCAGCGUUGAACCAGGUCAUCAAGACUUUUGAUCUCCAGCUUCAGAUGAAGAAAACGACGGCGAUGUGCGUUGGUAUUCAUCCCGGUACGCUCCGCACGGACUUGAGCAAGGAUUUCUGGAGCAGUUCUAGUGUGAAUCGUCUGUUUGAUCCCGAGGAGGCGGCGAAGAAUAUCAUCGAUGUGGUGCAAAGGCUGGACGAAACGAAGAGAGGGAAGAUUUGGGAUUGGAAAGGGGAGGAGGUUCUACCAUAA